CUCCCGAAUAGCUGGGACUACAGGCGCCCGCCACAACGCCCGGCUAUUUUUUGGUUGCAGUUUGGCUGGGGCCAGGUUUGAACCCGUCACCCUCGGUAUAUGGGGCCGGCGCCUUACCGACUGAGCCACAGGCGCCGCCCAACUAAGAACUUUUUAAAAAAUUCAUUUGUUUUUAAAUAAUAAUAAAACCAGUUACAUUAACAUAAAAGACAUAUCUUCAUGAGAAAUAACUUUAUUUUCCAAAACAAACAAACAAAAAUUAGUAAGAAGACUGCCACUGAUUUACAUUUUUGCAAAUCUGUUUGCAUUUUCAUAUUUGCUUCUUCAAACUGUUGCAAAAGCAUAUAACACAUAGUUUCUAGAAUAUUCCAUCAUAAACUCAUGAAAGGAUGGGAGUGAAGUAAAUAAAUCACAUCUUAUAAAUAUUACUAUAAGAAUAAUUUUUACCUCACAGACUCACCAAAGAAGGCUUGGGGUUCCCCAAAGUUCCCUAGACCACACUUUGAGAACCACUGAAGUAGGCACACUUAGCAAGUGUCUGUUGAAUAACAGUUCCCAUAGCACGUCAUUUAAAUACGUGCAUGGCAUUUAUCUCACAGCUUCAUAACUGAGUGGUUGGUGCUCAGUAGGUGGUGGGAGCCAGGCAUGUAGUUAUGUGGCACAUGAGAAUAUGGGGGCUGGUGGAGGGUCUGAGCAGGGUCCCAACUCUGAAGAAGUAAAUAGAGAGGAAAGAGCUGGAAGGACUUAGGAGGAGAAUCAGGCCAAGCCAUACAACCUGAGGAAGCACAGAGUUUCAAGAAGGGGAUAGUCCAUAAUUUUUUGAUUUAAAAUAGCAAGUCAGGGAGUGGUACUCAGUGUCAAAGUGGCAGAGAGGUUGUUUGAGGCCAGGGCUCUGAAGAUGCUGUUGGAACCGGCAGUAAGUAGGGGACUGGUGACGUUGGGGGCAGUUUUGGCAUUUUGGCAGUGGUGCCAGUUGUCAGUGGCCAGGGUAGAGUGGUAGGUGAGCAGGUGUGGACUGGGGCAGAAGCCUCUCUGUCCAGAGGUUGGCUGUGAAAUGCCCUUUGCCCGCCAGAUUGCUGUUGUUAGAUUUAUUCCAGGUUCUGCACAUCUGGGAGGGGCCCACAGAGAAUGCCGAAGUGGGGAAUCUAGCAGAGAUGUGUGAAUGAUGCAAAGGACUCAAUAGAAGACUAAGGACCGAAGCUCCUGCCCCCGGGGCCCGGCGGCCGGGCAUGGAGCGGCACAGCAAGAUGGACUUCUUCCAGAAGCUGGGCUACGGCCGCGGGGACGUGCUCCGGGUGCUGGGCAAGCUGGGCGAGGGCGCGCUGGUCAACGACGUGCUGCAGGAGCUGAUCCGCACCAGCAGCCGCCCCGAGGCCCCGCAGGGCCCGGCCGCGCCCCAGCUCGUGCCCCGAGGCUCCUGCGGGGUCCUGGACACCACCCGGCCCGUCCUGGGGGCAGCCCUGGACGACGACGCCGGAGGCCCGGCCAGCUCCCUGCGACCCAUCGUGAUAGACGGCAGCAACGUGGCGAUGAGCCAUGGAAAUAAAGAAAUCUUCUCUUGCCGAGGAAUCCAGCUGGCUGUGGACUGGUUCCGGGACAGAGGACACACCUACAUCAAAGUUUUUGUCCCAUCCUGGAGGAAAGAGCCACCCAGAGCUGAUACUCCUAUUAGAGAGCAGCACGUGCUGGAGCAGCUGGAGCGGCAGGCGGUGCUCGUGUACACCCCAUCCCGCAAGGUGCACGGCAAGCGGCUGGUCUGCUACGAUGACCGCUACAUCGUGAAGGUGGCCUACGAGCAGGACGGCGUCAUCGUCUCCAAUGACAACUACCGAGACCUGCAGAGCGAGAACCCCGAGUGGAAGUGGUUCAUCGAGCAGAGGCUGCUCAUGUUCUCCUUUGUCAAUGACCGGUUCAUGCCUCCUGAUGACCCCCUGGGCCGUCAUGGACCCACCCUGAGCAAUUUCCUGAGUCGGAAGCCAAAGCCCCCAGAGCCAUCCUGGCAGCACUGUCCCUAUGGCAAGAAGUGCACCUACGGCAUCAAGUGCAAGUUCUACCACCCGGAAAGGCCUCACCACGCGCGGCUGGCGGUGGCCGACGAGCUCCGCGCCCAAACGCGGGUCCGUCCGGGCGCUGAGGAGCAGCGGCCACCGAGCGUCCGGGGCGGCCCCGAGGGAGCCCGGUCGGCGCCCCGGGAGCCCGGUGUGGGCAGCCUCCUGUCCGCACCGCAGCCCGCGGACCCGGCCGCCCUGCGAGCGAGCUUCUCGCGGCUGGCCAUCAGCAACGCCCCGGGGUCCCUCGGGCCGCGUCCCCUACGCCCCGCCAGCGGCCUGGCGCCCGCGCUGUGCGGGUCCGACUUGGUGUCCACCGGCGGCCCGGCGCCCGGGCCUUUGCUGUCCCCGCCCAGCCUCCCAAGCCGGCAGAGCCCGUUCGCCACUGGCGACCUUCCGCUCCCGCCUGGACCGCAACUCCAGUCGAGGGGCGGACACCGAGCCGGGGACCUGCAAGGAGACCUGCUUCCCCGGCGCAGGCCUCCCAACGACCCGUGGGCCCACCCCCGGAGCUGCGACCGCUUGCCGAGCCGCCCGGCUUGGGCGGAGCCGACCUGGGGCGACUGCGCUUUCGGGGGACCUUUGGGGUACGUGGUCGCGGACCGCGAGGGGGAAGCGCGCGCCCAGGCGCGCAGCGCGCUUUGCGGUGUGUUCCCGCCUGAUCUGGUGGACCGCGUGAUGGCCGAGUUCCCCUCGCUCUCCGACAUCUCCCGGCUCAUCUUCCUCCUGCAGACAUGCCAGAGUGCUGGGGGGCGGUUGGAGAACCCCUAAGGGACCUGUCCACGUCCCGUCAAAUCACGGUCCCCUUGCCUAGCAACUCGGGCGAGUGGGCUGGUGGUUGCCCACCUGGACCCGAGUCCGCCCACUAUGGCGCCCCGUUUUCUUUGAAGAUGGCCAGGGAAGCCUGCUUCCUCAUCCUUGGUGGCAGCUGGUGGCCUGCUGCAGGCCUCCUUCCGUGAAGGGAGUUUUAUGCCAAGGGUUUGUCCUAAUCUGACUGUGACUAUGUAGAGUUGUAAGUGGAAUCCAUGAAUGGGUCACCACCACAAGUACAGUGGACCAGGGCAUCUCAGAGCACGCCCUGUGCAGUCUGGCCAGUUUGAACUCUUGUCACCUGGUCCUGUACAAACAGGUGACAAGAGUUCAAAUCAGGAGCCAGAUCAGGAAAUCAGCAGCCGGUGUCCGUCUCAGCCAUUACCUUUUUUCCCUAGUGGUCUUUACUCCACCUUUUCCCUACACCCUUAGUAGUGAGUAAACUUAAAGUAGGUCAUGGUCAAAAGUUUGAAAAAGACUGGUAAAUGGUCUGAAAAUGGUCUGAAACUGCAUCAAAUAAUGUUUGAAAUCUGUUCUCAGGUGGCCAGGGGAGGUUGGAUAUCUGGGAUUCUUUAUGUUGGCUAACCUCACCUACCAGGGAACCCAGUCUCCAGUGUAGCUCUGAAAGUGUGUGUGUCUGGCUGGGAUGAGUGGCAGGGCAAUCUGUCCUGAAGGCCUGCUUGGGGGGUUCUCCAGCUCCUUCGUGCACAUACACACAGGGACACCCUGUCCCACACAUGUGUCCACACACCCCUAGACACAGACAUACUGCCUGGCGCAGGGCCAGGCGUCUGUUUUUCCAGUUAUUCCUUAUGGCUGUUAUCAGAAUGGGCCCUUUACCAAGAGCCUAAAUCUAAGCCGUUCCUCACAGCUAAACCAGGGCAGGUGAGUCGGAACUUUUGCUGGCACUCCUGCAGAUGGGUUAACAGACAGCUAGGAUGAGCCCAGCCUUGUAGGGUUGUUGCCACCUUCCCCGUGCUGUGACUUCCAGCCAGUCAGUGCUCUGCAUUCUGGGGAGAAGGGGCUCAGCCAUUUGUAAUGGCCAAGAACUGAGACGGUGCUGUGUGGAUCCCCACGUCCUCAGAAGGCCCUGGCUUCUCCUGGCAGUACCCAGCCUUCCAGGUUGUGGCUCAUUUGUUCAUUAGGGGACUUGUACCUCCAUUUAGGGAUAGCGUGAGGCACCUCCUGGGGAAAAGCUGGCUGUCAGCACCUGCAGGCUGCGAGUACAGAGGGCUACUCAUUCUAGUUUCCUAGUGGGCACAAUGCAGGGGGCACCUCAUUCAUGGUAAAUGCUACCCCUGGGAGAUGCAGGAUGUCAGGUCUUCCCCUGCCUUCUUUAACCUUUUUUAUCAUCAUUAUUAUUAUUUUUGGAGGCAGAGUCUCACUUUGUCACUGUUAGUAGAGUGCCAUGGAGUCACAGCUCACAGCAACCUCAAACUCUUGGACUCAAGCAAUUCUCUUGCCUCAAUCCUGAGUAGCUGGGACUAUAGGCGCCUGCCACAACACCUGGCUAUUUUUUAGAGAUAGGGUCUCGCUCUUGCUCAGGCUGGUCUUGAGCUCAAGCCAUCUACCCAUGUUGGCCUCCCAGUGUUAGGCUUAUAGGCAUGAACCACCGUGUCCAGACACCUUUAAGCUUUUUAAACCAGAGUCUCAGCAUAGUUUGAGAGAGAGCUGUUCUUCUCCUUCUUUUUCCCCAAAGAGGAAAAUGUACCCACAAUUUUAUCUUAUUUUAGGAUCUCAGUCCUGUAGAGGAUCCACUCUUUCUGGAUGAAUCGAGGUUUCCUCAUCAUGUGUAUUUUUUCCCCCUUGGGACAAGACAUGCUUUCUGUUAGAGCUGCUUUUUGCUAUGUUUUUUCUCCGUGUGUGGAAUCAUUGUAUAGCUGAUUUACAGUUAUAGAUGUUUAAAACGCUUCCUCUGAAGACAAGUUUGAGUUUUAGUAAGCUGUAAAGCUAUUUUAUUUGGUCACUGUGAUUAAGAGAAGUACACACAAAAAACAUACUUCAAGUGUUAUCCCCUUUGGAAUUUUUCCAAAGUCAUAGUAUGUCUUUGUGACACAAAAACAUGGAUGGGUCAGGUGCAUGAAAUGUUCCUAAUUAGGUAGCUGUUACUGUGCCCCCCCCCCCAAUAAAUCAC